AUGUUCAAGACUCGUGCACCUACAUUACCUCCCGAGACAGACUACACCAAGCAGCUUCGUGAAACCUCCUUCUACCGAUAUGGCCAUCUACGUUCUCUCGGGCUGACUGGCGAAGUCACAGCUUUGGCCGUUGAUCCAAUCCUCUCCUUGAUUGGUGUAGGAACUUCAUCAGGUCUAGUCCAUGUAUACGGUCAAGCAUCUUUCCAAUUCUCUCUCCCUGUAUCAACUGUAUCAUCUUCAGGUCCAGCAGCUUCGAUCAAAUUCUUAUUUUUCCAUCCUGGUCAUCAUAGGUUGAUAAUCAUCGAUAACGGCAAUACACUCCAUACUUUCUCAUUACAGCAUAUGACCGAUCACCCAAAUCCUCUUACUCAUCCUCCUUUACCACUCAAGGAAAUCAGCUAUACUCUAUGGGGCACCGUCACAAGUGUUGAUCAACCAUCACCCAGCCAUACCCAUCUGUUCUUCACUAUAAAAGAUGGAACAACGUUAACGUGGGAUUUGAGCAGACGGGGAUUGGGUAAUUGGAAGAUUGGGAAUUGUUGGGGUGACUACGAAGCGAGAAUGAUCAGAAGUGGUAUACCUGGCAGAAGGAAGACCUUAGGAGGACCCAUGGCCACUUGUAUAGCAAUGAAUCCAAGAGACCUAAAUAUCCUCUUGAUCGGAUACGAAGGAGGAGUUGUCGCUUGGGACAUGCAGAAGAAUGUCGUUGCGAAAACAUUCGAAAUGACUUUACCACCCGGAGCACCGGGAGGAGGAUCGUACCAGGAUGCUGAUGGGUCACUAUGGACCGAACGUACACCAUCGGUCACAUCAAUAGCAUGGAGACCCGAUGGGUUGGUAUUCGCCGUUGGUCACGCCGAUGGCUGUAUAACAUUCUGGGCAUAUUCAGAAUCAGACAAACCUCUCAUGGUCCGCACGAUCACCCACGAAGACGUUAACGUCACAGAUGCCGAAUCACUAUUCGACGCUGGAGCGCUGGACAAUCAGCUACGAAAAGUAGAGAUCAAUGCAGAAGGAAACGAAGUUCCGACUGCUGUAGCGGCAAACAGAGAACCUAUCUUCAAGCUAUCGUGGGCUGGUUUCCCUGAUCAAUUAAGUUUGAAAACUCAGAUUGCAGCUCAAGGUGCCGAUCCAACACUUGAACCUAUAUCAAACGCUACGGUAGAAUACGCUGAAAGAGGCGAAACGUUAAUGUUGAUCUUAGGAGGACAAAGCCCAGGCGAAAAACCAGGAGUCAACAUACUUCAAUUUCCUGGAUAUAAACCACCACUUUUAAGAAGAGGUACAACACCCCAAACACCUUCUGAAAGUAUGCCAUUACAAGAAAGAUACGCAUAUCGGGAUUCUUUAGCUCCAACUGGGAGUUCAAACUAUCUUACGAAAACACCUCCCGAGGAUUUCAUACUUGUUCCUCGAUCUAGUCCAUUUUUCGGUUUAAGCCACGAUCCAAUCGCAAUCAUCAUCUCGCUCAUCCCAGAUUUAACUCUUCCUGUAGUCAAUCAACCUACCGCGCAAAGAGGAAUAGAAGCUUGGGUGUUCCCUCCACCUAGAUCAACUGUGAUCCCACCCUCCCCUGGCAGGAAAAACUUUGUCCAGCCUGGUGAAGGUGAGAAGAUAGUAGCAAUGACUCCCGCACCAACACUUGCAGCACCUUCAACACCCAGAAGUGGAAGUUUCUCUUCUCCAGGAUGGAGACUACCGUGGACUUCUGGAGCUUCACCCAUUCCAUCACCCACUCUUAGUAUACCCACUCCUGAUUCAGUGUAUGGCACGAAACCUCAAAGACGUAAAGCCAGAAGACAGCUUCGAAUUCCUUCAUCACUAUGGAGCGGUGGAUUGAGUGUAUUGGGUUGUGAGAUGUACGCCCUUCCCACACCGACGUUCAAGCGAUUGAUCAGCUACGCCAUUGAGAAUCUUGGACACGAAGAUAUACCGAGACUCCCAUUAGUUGGAGGCAUGGCUGUUCCUGAUUUACAAUCGCAUGGAGCACCAGACGUCAAGGUUGCCAAGCUUGAAAGUUACAGAAUUUUCAUUACUUCGCAUGCAGAUUGCACCAUUCGAUUUUGGGAUGCUUCACCUCAUCUACUCUUACUGCCUACUCCACUUCGAUUUGAGUAUCCAGGUCCAUUACCUCACUUGACCAUUUCCAUUGGGGAUUAUCUCAAACACCCUGACGUGGCUCAUCUACCUCUUGCGCAAUUAUGGGUUAACGAUAGAUCUAAAGUCCGAAUCAAAUCUGUUCACCUAGCCAAAGAAGCUUUAGAAUGUGUAAUCACUUUCCAUACAGGAGAAAUCAUCGUCACUAAAUUUGGUGAAGCCAAAGGAUCAGCAGGUAGACAAGGUGAAGAUGAAAUCGAAGAAUUGGAUGAAAAUGGUGAAAAUCAUGAUUCAGGUUAUUUCCCUUCGAUGGGCAGUCAAUCUCAUGGUGUAGAUUCAGGAAAUGGAUGGACGGAAGAAGUCUUAGAGCUUGGACAUUUGGCGAAAUACAAAUCAGAUGGAUUCAAACCUGUCGCUAUAUUUUCAAUGAAACGAGGCGAGCCUAUCUCUGUGGCUGUUUCUGAUAUUGGUUUCAUCGCUGUUGCUUUUGCAUCCAAAUCUGUCGCAAUCAUAGACAUGCGUGGACCCGACGUCAUCCUCCGAGAAGGAUUCAACGAAGACGGUGAAAAUAUGAAGAAGAAGAAGAAAAAGGGGAAUGUCCAGAAUGUGCUGGGCGAAAACUCAAUGGUAGGAGCGAUGAAAUGGGUUGUUUCUGGUAUGGGAGCGGAUCUGAUCAAUCGACCGAGACUCAUCGUGUCGUACGGCAAAGGAAUGACCAAAAUCUACGUCCUAAUCAACGUAUUAGGCGAAUGGGUAGUGGAGAACAAACCACCAACGUUCACGAACGAAUCCCUUGCCGGACCCAUAGCUUCAUUCGUCUUGGACCCAAUCACGGGAAACGAAUUGUUACCGUCAUCAGAAUCGCUUCAAGCGGCAAUGAGGGAUCAGCAAGUUCCUGAACAUGGAAAGGGAAAGGAAGUUCCCGUCCAUUGUUUAUGGAUAGCCGCAUCCAAGAAGAGUAUACGAUGUGCUAUAAAUUUCAACGGCGAACGCAUUGCUAAAGUAGAAUUGGAUGAUGAAGAGUUGAGUGACGUAUUCUAUAUUACUAGGCACGGUCAAAGAGUAUUGGUAGCUGUCACGAAUACUGGAACAGCUCAUUUCUACUCCGUUCCAUUUUUAGAAUACAUAACUCGUCUCGAUCUGUUCCACGGCACUGAUGGCCAUUCAGCCGGUAGACUUUCCGUGGACGACCGAUCGGGCGAUUUCAUCGAGUAUUCUGGUCCAUUAGACAUCAACCUUCGUACAUUUUUCCAUUUUAGAAAACCUUUACCCCCUCGUCUAGACCCCUGUUCUGUCAAACGUGCUGUCCCUGUACAGCCUAUUCCACUGAAUGCCGGUUCUAUGGUAGGAGGCUGGAUUUGGGGAGGUGCACCUCUGACCGGAGCUCAACUGGAUAGUCUCAUCGCCGGACCUACGAGACCAGCUGCACCCAAAGUACCGCCACCACCUCCAAAACCGUUAGUGACGUGGGGCAAACCACCUGAAGAACCUGAGAAAACCACUUUAACAGCUUCCACUGGAGCAAUGCCAAAUAGAACGGCCGUACAGAAGCAAAAAGCUCCGACUAGAGACACUAGGGAAAGAACUGACGUAUACUCCGAAAUGAGUGAUGCAGCGUAUCUUAGAGGGAAUUAUCUAGAUGGGUUGAAUGAUUCUCUGAACACCGUAUCAGCUAGUGCGACGAACUAUCUGAGUCAGGCCAGGAAUACGGCUAUGAAGGAAGCUGCGAAAAGUACGGCGAAAGGUGUGUUUGGUAAGCUGCUCUGA